ACAAACAGAGCUUGGGCGGCGAGUCUCAGAGCCAUCACCGGAACCAAGGGCCCAGGUUUGCGGAGCGAGUGCUGACACGCAGAACCCGGCUCUGGACAAUCCCAAAAGCCGCGGAGACUCUUUGCUCCCUUCCUCCAAGUGGAGACCCGCUCCCCUCGGGUCGCUUUCAACUCUUCACCCCUUCCUUAGUUCCGUGCCCAACCUCUAUCCCACCAAGUCCCCAGGUCUCUCCACUGGCCUGCAGCCUCCUUUCUCUUCCAUCUGCGGUGACCCCUUCCUCGGGGGCCCGCCAUCUCCCCGCGUGCCACCUCCGUGCCUGCGGGACCUCCUGGGUAGUUAGGGCUCGCCAGGUCGAGUCCUAGAGACUCUGGGCUUCCGCAGCCGCGACGACGUCAGGGCCCAAGACACCUGCCCGGGGGAAACGGCAGCGGCUGGGCGGGGGCUUGCAGCACCUCUGACACCCAAGGAAGAGAGGGAGGAGAGAGAGAGUGCGUUUCAUCAUCGCCGCCACUUAUAAAAACUUCUGAGAGUUCACUCUCUUGCUCAGUCACCGCGUCGCGCUCCCCAUCGCCUGGCUACUACCGCCGCAGCUCGAAGGUCCCAAGUCGCGCAGAACCUGUCCCCAGCCUGUCGUCACCGCCUGGGCCGGGCCAGGGGACUUUGCCUCGGUCGCGAUGGGGCUCCUGCCCAAACUCCGCCAGGGCAGCGGCACCUCCUCUGUCUCAGCCAGACGCUGCUCCCGCUCGGUCUUCAGCAACAUUAAGGUGUUCGUGCUGUGCCAUGGCCUCCUCCAGCUCUGCCAGCUGCUCUACAGCGCCUACUUCAAGAGCAGCCUCACCACCAUUGAGAAGCGCUUUGGGCUCUCCAGUUCUUCCUCGGGUCUCAUUUCCAGCUUGAACGAGAUCAGCAAUGCCAUCCUCAUCAUCUUUGUCAGCUACUUUGGCAGCCGGGUGAACCGCCCUCGGAUGAUCGGCAUAGGGGGGCUCCUCCUGGCGGCAGGUGCCUUUGUCCUCACCCUCCCACACUUCCUGUCGGAGCCCUAUCAGUACACCUCGAUCACCACAGGAAACAGCAGCCGCCUUCAGGCCGACCUUUGCCAGAAGCAUUUGCCGGACCUGCCCCCCAGCAAGUGCCAUAACACCGUGCCAGACACGCAAAAGGAGACCAGCAGCAUGUGGACCCUGAUGGUGAUUGCUCAGCUGCUGGCUGGCAUUGGGACCGUGCCCAUUCAGCCAUUUGGGAUCUCCUACGUGGAUGACUUUGCAGAGCCCACCAACUCCCCUCUGUAUAUCUCCAUCUUAUUUGCUAUUGCUGUGUUUGGACCAGCUUUCGGGUACCUGCUGGGCUCAGUCAUGCUCAGGAUCUUUGUGGACUACGGCAGGGUGGACACUGCGACUGUGAACUUGAGCCCAGGUGACCCCCGAUGGAUCGGAGCCUGGUGGCUGGGCCUGCUCCUUUCUUCAGGCUUCUUAGUUGUUACUUCUUUGCCCUUUUUUUUCUUCCCUCGAGCAAUGCCCAGAGGAGCAGAGAGGUCUGUUACCGCAGAAGAAACACUGAAGAUGGAGGAAGACAAGUCAAGAGGCUCCCUGAUGGAUUUCAUUAAACGGUUCCCCCGCAUCUUCCUGAGGCUGCUGAUGAACCCACUCUUCAUUCUGGUGGUCCUGGCUCAGUGUACCUUCUCCUCUGUCAUCGCUGGCCUCUCUACAUUCCUCAACAAGUUCCUGGAGAAGCAGUAUGGGGCCUCAGCCGCCUAUGCCAACUUCCUCAUCGGUGCUGUGAACCUUCCUGCUGCGGCCUUGGGGAUGCUGUUUGGAGGAAUCCUCAUGAAACGCUUCGUUUUCUCUCUGCAAACCAUCCCCCGAGUGGCUGCCGCCAUCAUGACCAUCUCCAUGAUCCUCUGCGCCCCUCUCUUCUUCAUGGGAUGUUCUACACCAGCUGUAGCUGAGGUCUACCCCCUCAGCACAUCAAGUUCUAUACAUCCGCAGCCUCCUGCCUGCCGCAGGGAUUGCUCGUGCCCAGAUUCCAUCUUCCACCCAGUCUGCGGAGACAAUGGAGUAGAGUUCCUCUCCCCUUGCCACGCUGGCUGCAGCAGCCUCAACCUGACGUCAGCAGCUUCCAAGCAACCGAGCUAUUUGAACUGCAGCUGUGUGACUGGAGGGUCUGCGUCAGCAAAGACAGGAUCCUGCCCGGUGUCCUGUGCACACUUCCUGCUCCCGUCCAUCUUCCUCAUCUCCUUUGUGGCGCUCAUCGCCUGCGUCUCCCACAACCCGCUCUACAUGAUGGUGCUUCGCGUGGUAAACCAGGAUGAAAAGUCAUUUGCCAUUGGGGUCCAGUUCUUGUUGAUGCGCUUGCUGGCCUGGCUGCCAUCUCCGGCCCUGUAUGGUCUCAUCAUCGACUCCUCCUGUAUCCGGUGGAACUACCUGUGCUCAGGGAGACGAGGGGCCUGCUCAUAUUAUGACAAUGAUGCUCUCCGAAACAGGUACCUGGGCCUGCAGGUGGUCUACAAGGCCUUGGGCACACUGCUACUCUUCUUCAUCAGCUGGAGGGUGAAGAAGAACAGGGAAUACAGCCUGCAAGAGAAUGCCUCGGGCCUCAUCUGACCCUCAGUCAUGGCUACCCCGCCCCCCCCGUUUCAGAGACUGGAUUCUCCCCCUCCACACU